AUGAAUCACAACGCAGCAGACCAGGAUUCAUCAGGUUCUCAUAGGUCAUCACACUUUAUCGCCCGUGAAGGAUAUCCGCCUCAAUGGGAUGAUUAUACGGCACAAGCGUAUGAUGUCGUACUUAAGACCCGAAAAAUCGAUCCAAACACGGACGCCAUCUAUUAUCAUUUUUUAUUAAAGCUGGUCUUGAUACCUGGCGAUGAUUGGAGCGAAAAAUUUGAAAAUUUCAUGAGGAGUCUUGGGUUAUCGGCCGGGGACGAGGAGAAUGGUUGGAUGUUUCUCCGACGCGACAUUGCAUUCGGUGACCGCGAAUUACUUGAAAGUGAUAGAAGUUCGGUAAAUAUCACCACAGAAUUUGAAUCAGGGCGAAACGCGCUCAAUCUUUCUCUGCCGAUGACACCAACGGAAUCUUCAAUAAGGAACCGCGCGCCAAGAAAAAAUGCAAAUGGCGAUAAUCGAGUGCCGACAGAGUCCAAUUGCCGGUCUGCUUCCGUGAAGAAUUUAAAUAACGAGAGACAACCAUUAAAAGAUAAUAACUCCAUAUUUUUUGGUUUCAAAAGCCCGGAACACACACUAGAGACCCCGAUCUUCAACUUUGCGUCUUCUCUGAAAACUGUAAGAACGGAGGCUGGAACUUCGAAAGGACCUGAUAACGAACCCGACGGUUUUGAGAAUCUACAUAUAUCAUCAUUUAAAAGAUCAAAUGAAGGAAUUAUAUUUAAAGAAACUGGGAAAAAAGGGCAAGAGCUUGAUGCACAUGAUUCAGUUGCCUCAGACAAUGAUGGAAAUUUUUAUUUCGACCAAUCAGUUCGGUCAAACUUGUCGGAAGAUAAAUUAUUCGAAAAAGUCGUGAGGCCGCAAGAAACAGGCAACCGUCAACCAGUCAACUUUGUAAAUAAUAAACUGUCGGAAAAAAAUACAGUAAAUACGUAUAUACCAAUAAAGUUGGAAGAAAACACUAAACAUUUAGACAUUACAUCAAGAACGGUAAGACAAUCGGAGAUGAUAAAUGAAAACAUCACUAUAAUAAAAACAUCAGAUGAAAUCAAAGAUCAUCAGGAAUUAGAAAAAAGGAAAGAGCAUCAAACUGGCAAGAUAUCGGGGAUUAAUCCAUCGAGGGAAAUGUCUAACUUAAAAGGAUGCAUUGGAUCACCACGCGAACCCGUGACUCCCCUGAUAACGAAGGAUGACGUGGAAAGUGUAAGUACGUCAUCAAGCAAGAAUGUGUCACAAUCUAAAUUGCAGAUAGCAUCUCUCGACUCCAUGCAUUUAGAGAAAUCUGAUACUCCAGAGAGUAUAUCGGAAAUGAUAUUGGACAGUCAAAUGUUUGAGGAAAUGCAUGGACAUUCAAUUGUAACGGCACCAGAAUCGACAUCACCAAAUGAACUUCGUGUCAGUCGAGAUUUGGAAGAAAGUACCAAGAUCACGAUCGAUAGUGAUUCAGACGUUAUGGAGAAAGAUGAAUCAGUGGAUGAAGAAGGAAUAGUGAAGAUACAUGAAUAUGAUGAUAAUGAUAAAACCGCCUGGUCGCAAGAUCAUCAAGAUAUGAUGGAAUCCUUAGAAAGCAUGCUUCAAAAUCUGACCUUGACUUGUGAAUACGAUAAAUAUUAUGAUAAACUAAUUUCGAAUUCACAAAAGCAAAGCGUCUUCGAUGCUACAACCGAGGAAGAAUUGUUGUCCUGUGCUUUUAAUAAGUGGAGAGAUCGUUAUAAUAAUUACGUCUGUUUAGGUGAAAUGGCUGAAGACGAUUAUAAUAGCAAGUUGAUGAGUGCCGCAUUUCUUCACUGGAAGAUGGUGACACGAAGGAAGAAAGCUAUGUUAAAGGCCGCCGAGGAUGUUUUCAUGAAUCGAUAUAUGCUCCGUUGCUUUAUACAAAAAUUCAUGCAAAAGCAGAAACAAAAAGAAUUACUGGAAAAAGUCUUUUGGGGUAAGGAAGCAAACAAAAUUUCCAAG